AACCCGCUGGGUUUUGGAGUCGCCCACCUGGUUCAUGUUCCCACUCCCUCCUUCAUGAGCCGGGGGACAGGGGCCAGUUAUUUCAUCUCACUGAGCUGCAGCUUGUCCAUGAGGAUAGUAUUAUACCUUCCUGACAGGGUGACUGAGUGGAUUAAAUGAAGCCAUUUAUGCAAUACUUGGCAUAAUGUCUGGAGCACAGCUGCACCCUGAGAGGCCACCCUUGAUUGCUGGGAGUCCUUGUGCCGGUCCUUCUCUUCCUGUUGCCUUCCAGAAACAACCUGCGGUCUGGGAGGUAGAAGGUAGGAUCAGGAGCAGCCCAGCCAGAGCUCCAAGGCUGAGGCCCCUGCACAAGCCAUGGAGAUGCCCCACUCCAGCCUGCAUCCAUCCAUCCCACGGCCCAGGGGUCACAGGGCCCAAAAGGCAGCCUUGGUCCUGCUAGGUGCCUGCCUGGUGGCCCUUUGGGGGCUAAGGGAGCUGCCAGGCUACACUCUCCAGUGUCUGGUGCUCCACCUAGCCUCCCAGCAGAUGGGACUGCUGAUCAAGGGGGGCUGCAGUCUGGCGGAGGAGCUGUGCCACGUCCACUCCAGGUACCAAGGAAGCUACUGGAAGGCUGUGCGGGCCUGCCUGGGCUGCCCCAUGCGCCGUGGGGCCCUGCUGCUGCUGUCCUUCUAUUUCUACGGCUCCCUCCCAAGCAUGGCUAGCCUACCCUUCACUUGGAUGCUUGCUCUCCUGGGUCUCUCACAGACACUGAGCAUCCUCCUGGACCUCCAGGGCCUGGCCGCAGCAGAAGUCUCUGCAAUCUGUGAAAAGAGGAACUUCAACGUGGCUCAUGGGCUGGCCUGGUCAUAUUAUAUUGGGUAUCUGCGGCUGAUCCUGCCAGGGCUCCAGGCCCGGAUUCAAACUUACAAUCAGUUCCACGACAACGUCCUAUGGGGAGCAGGGAGCCACCGGCUGCAUAUCCUCAUUCCGUUGGACUGUGGGGUACCCGACGAUCUAAGCGUGGCUGACCCCAACAUUCGCUUCCUACACGAGCUGCCCCAGCAAAGUGCUGACCGUGCUGGCAUCAAGCACCGGAUUUACACCAACAGCAUCUAUGAGCUUCUGGAAAACGGGCAGCCGGCAGGCAUCUGUAUUCUGGAAUAUGCCACGCCCCUGCAGACCCUGUUUGCCAUGUCACAGGAUGGCCGAGCUGGCUUUAGCCGGGAGGAGCGGCUUGAGCAGGCCAAACUUUUCUGCCGGACACUGGAAGACAUCCUGGCAGAUGCCCCUGAGUCUCAGAACAACUGCCGCCUCAUUGUCUACCAGGAACCCGCAGAGGGAAGCAGCUUCUCCUUGUCACAGGAGAUUCUCCAGCACCUUCGGCAGGAGGAAGGGGAGGUUACCAUGGGCAACAUGGGGACCUCGGUGAUGCCCAGUUCCCCCAUACUGUCCCAAGAGCCUGAGCUCCUCAUCAGUGGCAUGGAACAGCCUCUCCCGCUCCGCUCUGAUGUCUUCUGAGGCCCAGGGUCACCUUUCCUGAGCCCCCAGCCAUCCCCAAGACUCUGGAUUGGAGGAUUUCUUUCUUCAGCUGCUGGAGGCCUAGCAGAGCCAUUUCCUCCCACAGAGGGCCUCUCCGAGAAGGUCCUUGGACUUGACACCUCAAGAUGAAUACUGUGACCUUGGGCAAGUCGUUCCACCUCUCUGAGCCUCAGUACCCUCAUCUGUAUCAUGGGAUUGUAAUCGUUGCCCUAGCUACCUCACACAGUGGUUUUUGUGAGGACUAUGGCUGUGUGGGUUUUUUGUAAACUCUAAAUGCCAGGUAAACUUAAAGGAUCUUCCAGGUGUCUUCCACUGGACCCUCAAACCUACUCUCCUCUCUACUGGGAUGGCAUCAACAGGCUCCCUUGCCCUCUGGCUUCUGGUCAUGUUCAGUCAAUGGGAAGCUCCAGUGGGAGAAGGGAGGGGAACUGGAGGGUGAGCUUGGGUAUCUCUUUCCCCAGGUGCCUCCCUGCAUUAUCAAGGUCACUGUAGGCUCUCUGCAUGUCUAGACCUAAAGGGCCCUUUCAGGAACCCUGUCUAUCGCCAGGUCUCAUUAACUUCCUCCUCCCCAUGCCCCUUCAGGCCUGGCAGUGGUAUUGGAGCCUCACGGAUGCUCAGUCUGGAGCGCUCACUCUCACUUGUAGUUUCCUUACACCUGCCUUUUCUAAAUAGUCCCCUUUUGAUUUAG